GAGUAAGUCUUGGUACUCUAGUCGGUAUUGCGUAUAGAUGAUGGCUACACGCAGAAUCAAGUUGAAACAAGAGCUAGCUAGGUAUCUCCCGCGAAACUUGGCUACGGCUGUCAUUUCAGCCGUUAUGUUACAAUAUCCCCAUAUUCUCCGGAUUUCCUAAAUUGAAGGGUCGUGGGCUGUCGGCCCGGCAUAUCAAGAUCCACCACUAGUAACUACGCCUAAAUAGGCGAUAGGACGUGAAGGUCAAAGAGGAAGCAAGACGAAGGAAUUGAUUAAAAUUAGGUCUCUCUCCCAUCUUGCGCCAUUUUUCUUCUCGAUUACACCGUUUGUGAGACUUCGUAUUGCUCAUUCAACAUGGCUUCCAAAUUCCUGUAUGUCGGCCUGCUAGGCUCGCUACUGACAAGCGCGGCAGUCGCCCAGGGCUCCGAGGCCCACCCGCCCCUGACGACUUGGAAAUGCACCACCGCCGGAGGCUGCGUCCAGCAGAACACGUCCGUUGUGCUGGACAAGGACUCUAAAUACGCGUCCGGAGCUGCCGGCUCUAGGACAGCGGAUGACUACGCCGCGAUGGGCGUCUCGACCGAAGGCGACGCCGUCACCAUGUACCACUACGUCAAGUCGGGCAGCACGCUCAACCCGGCGUCCCCGCGCAUCUACCUACUCGACGCAAACGGGCAAUACGUGAUGAUGGAGCUUCUCGGGCAAGAGCUAUCCGUCGACGUCGACUACUCGCAAGUGCCCUGCGGCGAGAACGGCGCCUUCUACCUAUCAGAGAUGAAAGCCGACGGCGGGGGGUCCUCCGGGGGCGCGAGCGCAGGGCAAGGGUACUGCGACGCGCAAUGCCAGGGAUACUGCUGCAACGAGAUGGACAUCCUCGAAGCGAACGCGAAGGCGAACGCGAUGACGCCGCACCCAUGCCAGGGGGACAACUGCGACAAGGCCGGGUGCGGGUACAACCCGUACGCGAGCGGGCAGCGCAACUUGUGGGCGACGGGGGGCACGGUCGACACGAACAAGAAGUUCACCGUCAUCACGCAGUUCGCCGGCAGCGGCAGUCUGACCUCCAUCUCGCGGAUCUACAUCCAGGACGGCAAGCAGACCCCCGGCGGCACCAUCUCCGCCUGCAACGACGGACAGGGCGGACUUGCUGGCAUGGGAGCGGCUUUGGGACGAGGGAUGGUGCUGGCGAUGAGUAUCUGGAACGACGCUACACAGCAGAUGUCUUGGCUCGACGCCGGCAAUAACGGGCCCUGCAAUAUCGCGGAGAGCACCCCGGCUAAUAUCCAGGCUCAGCAUCCCGACACUCACGUCACCUUCUCUAACAUUCGAUGGGGAGAUAUCGGAUCUACUACUAAAGGUUAAGUUUGAGCAUCAGUAGGCUAUCGGUUUCCCUUUGCUGUGUGGUGGUCGUGGUUAUCUCUACCUACCAAGUAUGUAAGGGGUAAGGGAGAAAAGGGGGUCGGAUGGACUAGUAUGGACUAGCAUUUACUAUCAAAACUUUAUUAGCUUCAUCAUUAAGUUUCCCGUUUUAUCCUUAUUCCAACCUCAUUAUGCGUUACACAACGUCUUAC